GGUGUAUACUCAUCAGUCGCAGUAUAUCACCGAGGCUGUUGUUGUGUGUGCAUAGACACUUUUGUGGGCUCAUUUUCAUAGGAUUAUAUUAGGUUAGACAGCAGAGUGUGUAUUAUGCAGCUGUGAAUUCAUAAGGAUGAGAGAUUAAUCUCAUAGAAAUCUGUUCAGUAAUUGACCUAAAAUUAUAAUGAUUGUUUUAAAUACAAGAAACUAGUUCAUUUAAUUCUGGACUUUUGUCUGUAUAUUUUUAAACCAAAACUAGGCAUAUUCAUAAUUGAGUUGUACUGCUGUUGUUUAGUCUGCAAGAAGAUUGUCACUGAAAAGUAGCUCAUGAAAGGACUUACAAAGUUUAUGUUAUCCUUCAAUGGGUAAACUGACAGGUAAUGGAGCGGCUGGUCAUUUCUUUGCCUUUGACCACCUGUCGUGGCCGCUUACUUCCACAGUCAAAGACCACUUUGUUUGAAUAGAUGGUAAACUUAAUGGCAUGUGUCUCACUGCAGUUGUGUUUAUUGAUCAUUACUUAGUUAAGGCAACACAUCCACAUUUAUGUCUCAGUCCGAUCCACUACCAAACAGGUAACACAUCCAUGGCUGGUUAAUCUCCUAAACACAGGCACUUUAAAUGGCUCUCCACACGGUCAAAACUUGUACCGUGCCUCUCUAUAUAAACUGCCUUGUUAAUCAAAAAGCACCACGUUGCUCUAAACAAUACAAUGUCAGUCACGUCAUAAAGCACUAUUAAUGUUGUAAAGAAGUCAUAAUAACUUCAACUCCAAUAUUUUAUGGCAUGAUAAUGCAAAUAAAAACAGAAUCUUAACAUAGAACAAAACAUGAAUUUAUAUAUGAAUUCAAAUAAAAAACACUCAAAUAUAUGAGUGGCCGUUAGGGACAUUAUUCAGAAUUACCUUUCACAUGCAUAUAUAAAACACAACAUAUUCACACACUAUAGUAAAAGCCUCGUACACAAAUGCUUUCACAUACACUACUGAGAUGUUAUGCUCUCUCAUACACACUACUAAAACGCUCUCAUGCACACUAUUGAAGCGCUCUCACACGCACUACUGAGAUUUCAGUGUAACCGGAAGGCGUUUCAGUAUAACCGGAAGGUGGCUCGGAAGUUUACGGUGGCCGGGAAGUGCAACCCAAUAUUACAAAAUGUGAAACACUUUUACAACGUUUGAGCCAAAUUUACAUGUUAGAAAACAUAUUUCACUUUACAUAUUUACAUAUUUUACAUAUCCUAAAACAGAAUUACAUUACCAAAACAAAUGUACAAGUCCCGAAGCACGUUGCUAUUUUCAAGCAUCAACCGGAAAGGGAAUGUACCAACUGCGGGGUUGGACCGGAAGUGAUAACGGGGAGCGGCCAAUACGAAUUGUUGUCGUUGAUGGAGUUCACGAUCAUCCAAGAUGGACAGCGAAAGAGAGAAGUUUUGACCGUUCUGUGGACAACAUAUGGGCCGCUUAACGCGGUUUUGUUUUUUGUGCGGUCAGUCUUUAGACUUUUUAAGUAGCAUGGAGCAGUCGGUAGGACCAAAUGCGCAAAGGUCAUCUCAAGAUCCUGAUAAUGCUAAACAAACAGAAAAACUUGCCCCUCACAUAAGCAGUUCCUGGAGUCCAGAAACUCCAAGAGGAAGACAUCGGGCUAAAGAACGAAAACACGUCCAGAGAUGCACCAGGAUGUUCAGCAACUCUUCGGCCAGGACAGAAUGUGAGGCUGCUGUGUCUGUUGAGGAUGUUUUGAUGUUUGCAACUGGGCUGACAUCACUUCCCCCCCCUCUGGUUUGGAACCAUCCAUCCAUUUUCUAUACCGCUUAUCCGUCAGGGUCGCGGGGGAGCUGGAGCCUAUCCCAGCUGACUACGGGCGAGAGGCGGGGUUCACCCUGGACUGGUUGCCAGUCAAUCGCAGGGCCUGGUUUGGAACCAUUGCCACAAAUAGAGUUCCUGGAUGACUCUCCAUAUUACUGGAUGACUGGAGACUCUAAAAACCUUGUUUGGUUUUUGUUGCUGUUGUCAUUGGUGCACCUAAAUGUGCAGUAGCUUUUGUUAAAGAGGUUUUUAAAAUGUUAAAAGUAUGUAAGCAUUUUUGCUCAGUCAGUUGUUUUAGAUCCACGAUUCUCAAACUGUUGUCUGUUUAUGAAUCACUGUUUUAGAUUUAGAAUGAAAAAAACAACAACAAGCAUUUCAAGAGAUUUUGUUCUCUGUACAAAAAUGUAAUAACUGCUCAUUACUUUGCUUUUUUUUUCCAUUCAUGUUUCCCUCUUUGAAAUAAUUAAGCUGUAGGUGACAAAUUCACACACUUUGUGUACAUGUUCCACUAUUACAAUAAACCUCUCUUCCAUUC